AUGAAGUAAAGUCUUGGUAAUCUGAUUCCUAAUAGUUUGGUAAAGAAGUAUUCUUUCAGACCACCUAAUCCAGCUUAAUAUACAUUUGAAUUUAAGGAUGGGAAAUACUAUUUUUUUCCAAUUAUAAAAGGAGUGAAGAAACAAAUUUGCAGUUAUUACUUACUCAUAGAUUCAUACAUACUAAAAAAUGAUUAAUUAUAUGUUCCUUUGAUUCAUUUAACAGGGUAUAUUGUUGAUCCAAAUAUAGUUUAUAAAAUGCUAAAACUGAUCUAUCCUAAUCAAAGGAAUGCUUAUUUAAUUCAAAGUCUUUUUAGUGUGACACAGAAAAAUAAACCUAGAGGAACAGGAUGUUAGUUAUAUUUUCUCAUGCAAAUGCUAGUGAUUUAGGUGAUGUAUACUUUUUUGGAGAAAGAAUAAGCAUAGAAUAUGGAGUAGAUUUUAUAGCAUAUGAUUACACAGGUUAUGGGAUAGGUUUUGGAUAAUAUAAAAUUAGUGAAUAGCAAACUUAUGAGGAUUUACAAAGUGUAUUAUCCUUUGCAAUAAAUAGAUUAAAUUAUUCUCUGAAUCAAAUUAUAUUAUGGGGUUUUUCAUUAGGUUCAGGUCCUGCUACAGAAAUAGCUACACGUUUUGGUGGAUUGGCAGGAUUGAUAUUAUAAGCUCCUAUUGCAUCAAUAUAUAAUUGGUUUGGUGAAGGGGAUUAUGGAUAAUAGGAUAUGUACGUUAAUUAUAAGAAAAUUUAAUAUGUUCGUAGUAAUAUAUUGAUAAUUCAUGGGGAUUCAGAUAAGAUUGUUGGUCAUGAAUAAAGUGAGAAAUUGUAUAAUAAAUAUUUGUAACAUAAUGCAAGAGGGAAGAUUUAAAUGGCAAUAGUGAAGGGUGCUGGACAUAAUGAUUUAUAGUUUCAUAUUGAGAGAGGGGAAGAUGAAUUAGGAUUUUAGAUAUAAAAUUUGUUAAGAUAAAAAGGUGGAGAAUUUAAUGAAAAAGAAUAUACAUUAUUGAAUCUAUGUUAUGUGAAAGAACACAUUCCAGGAUAACAUAUUUAUUAAUUUAAUUCAUUGAGAAAGUUUUCAAGUUCUUAAGAAAUUUAAAGAAAGAAAAUACAUGGUUUAUUCUCUUUAUGUACUUGUGAUUGA